CACACACGCAGCCGGAGCCGCUGACGGCGUCUACUCGGGGCUCGCCGGUUCUCCGACCCGCCGCCCGAGCAGCGGCAGCCGCACAAAGGGGAGGAGGAGGAGGAGGAAGAGCGUACGGUGCUCGGAGCCCCGGCCGGCGGCACUGCCCGGAGAUGUCGGGGGUGCUGGUAAUCGCUGCCUGGUGCUUCCUGCAAGUGGAGAGCCGGCAUCCUGAAAUCAUCACGAGUAAUAGCAAUCAUGGCAAUUUCCUGGACAACGACAAAUGGCUGAGCACCGUUUCGCAGUACGAUAGAGACAAGUACUGGAACAAAUUCAGGGAUGAUGAUUAUUUCAGAAACUGGAAUCCAAACAAGCCUUUUGAUCAAGCCCUUGAUCCAUCCAAAGAUCCAUGUUUGAAGGUGAAGUGCAGCCCACAUAAAGUGUGUGUCACUCAUGACUAUGAAACUGCUAUUUGUGUAAGCCGCAAGCAGCUGGUACACAGCCUUCGACAAAAGAAAGGAAACUUGGCCCAGAAGCACUGGGCUGGACCAGCUAACAUAGUAAAAUGCAAGCCUUGCCCCAUGACGCAUGCCAACGCUGUCUGUGGAUCUGAUGGACAUACAUAUACUACCAAGUGCAAGUUGGAGUUUCAUGCAUGUACUUCUGGCAAGACCAUCACAGCUCGAUGCGAAGGGCCCUGCCCCUGCCUUCCAGGACCUGAAAGUUCAAAACACAAGACAGAGAAGACUGCUUGCACAGACAAAGAACUGAGGAAUCUCGCUUCGCGACUAAAAGACUGGUUUGGUGCGCUUCACGAGGAUGCGAAUCGUGUCAUCAAACCAACAAGCUCGGAGACGGCACAAGGCAGAUUUGACACCAGCAUACUACCAAUCUGUAAGGAUUCCUUAGGCUGGAUGUUCAACAAACUUGACAUGAACUAUGACCUGCUGCUGGAUCCCUCGGAGAUCAGUGCCAUUUAUCUGGAUAAGUAUGAGCCAUGCGUCAAGCCUCUCUUCAACUCUUGCGACUCCUUCAAAGACGGAAAGCUUUCAAACAACGAGUGGUGCUACUGCUUCCAGAAGCCGGGCGGUCUUCCUUGCCAGAAUGAAAUGAAUAGAAUUCAAAAGCUAAGUAGAGGGAAGAGUCUGUUGGGUGUUUUCAUCCCACGGUGCAAUGAAGAAGGUUAUUACAAAGCCACUCAGUGCCAUGGCAGCACAGGGCAGUGCUGGUGUGUUGAUAAGUACGGGAAUGAGAUAGCUGGCUCAAGAAAGCAAGGGACAGUUAGUUGUGAAGAAGAGCAAGAAACCUCAGGGGAUUUUGGCAGUGGUGGAUCUGUUGUAUUGUUGGAUGAUUUGGAAGAGGAACCUGAAGCAGCAAAAAAAGACAAAGAAGGGAAACUGAAGAUUCAUGUAAGAGCAGCUAAUGAAGAUGAUGAAGAUGAAGACGAUGAUAAGGAUGAUGAAAUUGGUUAUAUAUGGUAGUGCCCAUCAUAAUGAGGACUCAUGUUUUGCACAAUAUUGCAAGUCACAUCAUAUCUCUGCAAUUGUAUCUGAGAGUACCUGGCACAAAUAUUCCCUCUCUACUGAAUUUAAUUUUGUAUAGUCUGUUUAAUUUGGAAGACAACCUUUUUUCCCAGCAAGGACUGUUUGGAAUACAGCUUCUGUUCAGUUGGUUUGGGGGAUUUUUGUUCUAUCCAUGGGGGCAAUGAGUUUUGUUUCAAAAACAUUUCAUGUCUUAAUCCUCACUCGCACAGCUUAUGAAAUAUAUCCUGUGAAAGAAUUGCAGAAGGGGCUCAACAAACCAAUACAAGGCUUAGAAGCCCUUCUCGUGUUAGAGAAUUUGUGUCAUAAAUUGUUACCUGGGUCAUAUCAGAAACAGUUAUUUUUCUUUUAUGAAGAAGGAAAAGUAGGUGCCUCAUUUUCUAGUUCAUAUUUGUUAUGUUCCAGUAAUAAGUCAGUCAGUCUCUUUGGAUAGUGACUUCUGGCUGCUCAGCACCAGGGGUUUAAUCCAGAAAUAAACCCACUGGUGGGAUUUUCUCUUCCUUACAUUCUCUGAGAAUGAGUCCAACAGGCUUAGUCCAGCCCACACUGAAGGCAAAGCUCCCACCAGAGCAUAGAUCAGCUCACUGACACUUUAUUUGGUUAAGGAACAUGGCCUUGAUCUUAAGAGCUGCUGAGAACCUGCAGCUACCACGGAGCAAGCCCUACAGGCAGGCAACAGACUCCAUCUGCCUUUCAAAGUGUUUAAGGAAAAAGUGUUUUCUGAAUUUGUAGCGUCAUAACCACCUCCAUAGCUGUUCCUCAGCUUCUGUCUGAACUUGUUUUGCACCAAGAGUUGCACUAACAUCGUGCAGGCAGCCUCCGCUUCCCGCUCGCACACUACGGAUCUGCCUGUUCUUCAUUUACUCUUAGCAAUGCCUCAUUCCAAAGUUAUAAAGCUGUCAAAGACACUAACCAUCAAAAGUAAUAAGCUGUUGUUUCUUUAAUUUAAAUAGUUAAUAUUUAUUUGGCCUGUUUAAAAAAGCAACUUCAAGUGGCCAUGUUUCAAAAGCAUAACCCCUUUGCUCAGUGUGACAAGCUACACACUCGUAAUACACACACGUAAAAGAGAAUAGUAUUAAAAUACAGUCUGUGAUUCCCUCAGCAUCUCCCGUAUAUUCAUCGAUCUUCAGUUGUAUCACAGCUUAUUGACAUUAAAUUAUUUGCUGUAUCCUUUCCCUCUGCAGUUCUCUGAUGCAGUAAUGUACUGUGGUGACCUGUUAUUAUUUCUGCUGUUUUCAGAAACAGUAAGGGGUACCUUAACCCCACUCUUGAGUUAGGAUGCAGAUGUAAGUAUUUUAGCAGUGCCUGUGAUUUGCCUGUGAGUUCUUUUGCAGAACGAAAAAUGUGCUUGUUACACAGAAAACUAAUUAGAUCGAAUCUUUUUUUCCUCUGAGUUAGUGUGGGAAAUAGAGGUGGAGACAGUGUGGAGUCAAAGCAUGGCUGGUUAUAUAUUCGCUCAAAAGCAGGAAAAUACCAUGCUGGUUGGCAGAAAGUUUUUUUAGGGUCACUGGCCCAAGGGCUGUGGUCCUCAGCCCUCUGCAAAGUCAGUGCCCGCUGCAGAGCCUGGCAGGGCUCCGCAGCCCCUCUCCCCCUCUGCGUAGGACCUCUGCUUUCAGACAUGAUCCCAAGAGCAAUACAGAAGAGGAGCUCCUUUCAGACACCAUGUGUUGCAGGGGCUCAGUUGUUUUCUCCUCUUUCAUUUCCUAUUUAUCUAGAUGACCUGAGAACAAAGAGCAAGCCUGCGUAAUUGUUAUUAAUGCAGAAGGAUGUGUAAAAUCGUGAGGAAUUUGUUGUGUGUGUUGUUUCACGCCCCCGCAUCCUCCCAAAAAUCUGCCAUCACAGUCAUUUCCAAAAGGCCUGUAAUCUGCCCUGCCUCAAAUCCCUUUGGUUUUCCUAUAGCUUUUGAAAAAUUAUUUUAAAAUCAUUGUCCGUGAGCUGCACAGCACACACACACACAUAUAUAUAUAUGCUGUUUCUACUUACCUUUCAGAGAAAAUGAUGCUGACUCGCAAGAGGAACAGAUACAACCAGCAUUUGUGCUUCCCUAAAUAGUAUGAUUUUGUGAGAAGCAAUUGAACACCAUCAGUAGCUUGCUUCUUGAACAUCACGGCUUGUUUCCUUCUGGUAUUUUAUUAAUUAAACCCACACCCUCUGGGUCUAGUUCUGCUGUCCUGUGCGGGACCUGCCUAAGGCACAGAGUUGUCAUUUCACUCUGACAUAAAACUGAGGUCCACAAUCAGUAGAGUUAUGCUUAUCUUCCUGACUGGACUCAUUCUCUGCACACAACUAGUGUUUUCUGCUGUCCUGUGUCCCUUUGCAACAGCUUAGCCUGGAACUAUGCCUUACUUCAAAGGCCACAUAGUAAAUCCCUUCUCCUGCCCAGCACCUCACCAGGGUAAAGCCUGUCUAACCAAGCCCUCGCCGGCAGCUCCAGGGUCCAAGGUUGCAGCCCUUCCAUGUCACGUGCAAACAGGCAAGAUGCUUAAAUAAAAGCUGUUAAAUAAGCCUUUAAAAGCGAAUAUGGACAUCUUUCAGUUUGCAUGAGCAGACUUGCCACCACCAUCCAUUCCUCAACACCCCUGAUCCUCUCCUAGCUGUAAUCUCUCACAUGUAACUAACCCAAAUCGGAGCUGGCAGGUUUUAUAGCUUUCUCUUAAACUAUAAAACAAUUACUGUCCACACACACACACGGUUUACACCUGCUGACCUGGAUUUAAGAAGACACCCCUGGCCAGGCGAUCGUUCAGUCACCUGCUUCAGUUGUUCAGAUGUUCUUCUGAAUCAGGGCCAGCAUUGGAAAAAUGUCAUUUUAUUGACUAGUUCUGCUGGGUACGACUACAAGAGUUUAAAGAGAGUAGUGUCACAUCGCAAGGGGUCACAGCCUAGUCAGGAACAGGGCAGACAGGCUGUCGUGCUUGGAAGGGCAGCUCCGACUAUGGAUUGCUUUAAGAGCAAGUUCCCAAAUACUACAAAGUUAUUUAGCAAAGACCUUUUGUGAUCCACUGGCAUCCUCCAGGGGCUGGGGUAUCUGCAGCCUAUAUAUACAUAUGUAUAUACAUGUGUGUCUGUAUAUAUACAUUUAUACACAUAUAUGUGUGUGCAUGUGUCCAAUUUGGGAAGAUGCAUUAAGAAAAUGUUUUAUUUCUUUAAAAGAAACCAGCGAUUCUACCAAGAACCAGUUCUCUUCCAGAUCAAGCCCCUUCCAUUCGUCAUGCUUUGUAAAGGAUUUAAUUUGCUUCCAGCUUAAUUUCAUUCCUUCCUUUUUUUUUUUUUGCAAAGCAGGACUUCUCAUCUGCAUCAAGUCAUUGACCUUCCAAACAUUUUCUCAUCGGUGAAAAAUGGAAUCAGAGUUGUCCCAUUCUUUGAGAGACACAAACCAAUUUUUAAUCUAAUUUUCUUUUCAUAUUUAUUAGAGGCUAUGAAAUACUGUUAGGCAUUGCUUUAUGUUUCAAGGUGUCCUUUUAACUACUGUGGUUAAAUCAAAAUCUCCUUGAGUUCAGAUUUCAGCACAGUUGGGUUUUUUGGGUCAUUACUGGCCUUUGCUGUGAACACAAAGAAUCCUUUUCCUUUUCUUUGCCUUUUUUUAAGCUAUUCUGUACUAUCAUUUUAAACCAUUUGAAGUGUUUAUUUAAUAUUUAUUCUACAGUUUAUAUUGAAAAUGUAAAGUUUAUAUUUAAAACAACACUGUUUGUUAGUGAAUGCUUCUCUCCGCCUCUCCAGCCUAGUCUGUUAGUCUCAGUGUACAUUUCUGGCAUGGGAAUAUUUUGAUAUUAGGAGUUUUGUAGCAUUUUUCCCCUCAAGCAGCAAAUGACAUAGAUCUAAGGUCCCCACUUGGUACAGACCCCCAGAUCGCUCAAGCUUAGCUUCCUACAUUUGUUGGCUUUUAUUGCAGUCCCUUCUGUAUGCCAUUCAAGUUCCUUUAAUACAUAGACUGCUUUGUACAGUUACUAUACAUCAAAAAGCCCUUUCUACAGUAGGUGGGUUUUGGUCUUUUUAUACUUUUCUCAAUGCUGUUGAUGUCCGUUACUGUUAAACGUGUAGAUCAGUAAGGAGAGAUCCAAAUAUUACGUGUUUCAGUUUGAUGUCCCUACUGUAGAUGGAUGUAGACUAUCAUAGUGAGUAGAACUGCAUAGUAAAUUCUGAAUGCUUUUUCCAUAAGGAAUUAAGUGGAAUGUGAGCAUUUUGCUAUCUUUGGUUAACUGUAAAUGCUUAACUGUAGUCUGAAAUAGUUGCAUUUUUGUCUGUCUCAAUAAAUUUUAAUUUGUCUGCGA